CUGGAGCUGAGCGGAGCUGAACGCGAAAAGCCGAGGCAUUUUCGGGAAUUCACGGUCUGCGGCGUGGGGGCGGUGACUGCCGCAGCGGGAACGGCGAAAUACAGUGAGAGCGCGGGAGGCUUCCACUACGUGGAGAGCGGCAAACUCUUCGCCGUCACCAGGAAUAGGUUCAUUCACUGGAAAACCUCGGGAGACACAUUGGAGCUGGUGGAGGAGUCCCUGGACGUGAACCUGUUGAACAAUGCCGUUCGCCUCAAAUUCCAAAACUGCAGCAUCUUGCCAGGAGGGGUACACGUCUCUGAGACGCAGAAUCACGUGACCGUCCUGAUACUGACCAACCAGACGGUCCACCGGCUGCUCCUGCCACACCCUUCUCGCAUGUACAGGAGUGAGUUGGUCGCCGAAAGUCAGAUGCAGUCGAUCUUCACCGACAUUGGAAAGGUGGAUUUCAGGGACCCUUGCAACUAUCAGUUCAUCCCGGCUGUCCCUGGACUGGCCCCGAAUUCCACCACCUCGGCAGCCUGGCUGAGCAGUGACGGGGAGGCUCUGUUUGCCCUGCCAUCUGCUUCUGGGGGAAUCUUUGUUCUCAAACUACCUCCUCACGACAUGCCUGGCUCAGUAUCCGUUGUGGAGCUGAAACAGAGUUCAGUAAUGCAGCGAUUGCUGACCGGCUGGAUGCCAACAGCCAUCAGGGGUGACCAGGGGCCGUCAGAUCGUCCCCUCAGUCUGGCAGUCCAUUGUGGUGACCAUGAUGCCUUCAUCUUUGCUCUGUGUCAGGAUCAUAAACUCCGGAUGUGGUCUUUCAAGGACCAAAUGUGCCUGAUGGUAGCUGACAUGCUGGAAUACGUCCCAGUGAAUAAAGACCUGCAGCUCACAGCUGGGACCGGACACAAAUUACGGCUGGCGUUUUCCCCUUCGCUGGGCCUCUACCUGGGGGUAUAUAUGCACGCUUCAAAGCACGGGCAGUUCUGCAUUUUCCAGCUGGUGAGCACGGAGAGUAAUCGCUACAGUCUGGAUCACAUUUCCUCGCUGUUUACCUCUCAGGAAACACUGGUCGACUUUGCCUUAACCACUACAGACAUCUGGGCCCUGUGGCAUGAUGUGGAGAACCAGACGGCUGUGAAAUACAUCAACUUUGAACAUAACAUUGCAGGUCAGUGGAACUCUGUCUUCAUGCAGCCCCCACCAGAGGAAGAGGUCCUCAUCAGAGACGAUCAAGACCCCAGAGAGAUUUACUUGCAGAGCCUUUUCACGCCGGGACGCUUCAUCAAUGCAGCUUUGUGCAGAGCUUUACAGAUUUUCUGCCGAGGAACUGAGAGAAAUUUGGAUCUUUCCUGGAGUGAGCUGAAGAAAGAAGUUACUUUAGCCGUUGAAAGUGAGCUCCAAAGCAGCGUGACGCAGUAUGAAUUCUCGCAGGAGGAAUUCCGCAGUUUGCAGCAGGAAUUCUGGUGCAAGUUCUAUGCCUGUUGUCUCCAGUAUCAGGAAGCCCUCUCCCGUCCUCUUGCCCUACAUUUGAAUCCACACACGAACAUGGUCUGCCUGCUGAAAAAGGGAUACCUGUCCUUCCUGGUGCCCUCCUCCUUAGUAGACCAUCUGUAUCUCCUGCCUGAUGAGAACCUUUUGACAGAGGAUGAGACAACCAUAUCAGAUGAUGUGGACGUUGCUCGGGAUGUCGUCGGUCUUAUAAAAUGCCUGCGGCUGAUUGGAGAGUCAGUGACCACGGACAUGUCCCUUAUGAUGGAGAUGAGCUGUUACAACCUGCAGUCUCCAGAAAAGGUCGCGGAGCAGAUCCUGGAAGAUUUGAUCACUAUUGACGUUGAAAACGUGAUGGAGGAUAUCUGUGGUAAACUGCAGGAGAUCCGGAACCCAGUCCACGCCAUUGGACUUCUCAUACGAGAAAUGGAUUAUGAGACGGAGGUGGAACUGGAAAGGGGACUCAAUCCUGCUCAGCCCCUGGACGUCCGUGUGAAUCUCUCCCAGCUCUACGGGAGUGGCACUGCGGGCCACGUUGUGUGCAGGGGCGUGUGUAAGAUCGCCAGUACUCGCUUCCUGAUCUGCCGAGACCUUUUGAUCUUGCAGCAGCUGUUAGUGCGGCUGGGAGACACCGUGGUUUUGGGAGCUCGUCAGCUCUUUCAAGCUCAGCAAGACCUCCUGCAUCGAACAGCUCCCCUGCUCUUGUCCUACCACCUCAUGAAGUGGGCCAGCCAGUGCCUGGCCACCGACGUGCCUGUGGACACGCUAGAGUCUAAUCUCCAACACUUGUCGGUUCUGGAACUGAGUGACUCUGGUGCUUUAAUGGCAAAUAAAUGUGUGUCUAGCCCUCCGACGAUUGUGGAGUUAUUCUUUCAAGAAGUUGCAAGGAAACACAUUAUAGCUCAUCUCUUCUCUCAGCCCAAGGCCCCUCUGAGCCAGACUGGGAUGAAUUGGCCUGAAAUGGUUACUGCGAUUACCAAUUACCUCCUGCAGAUUCUAUGGCCCAGCAAUCCUGGCUGUCUCUUCCUCGAGUGUCUGAUGGGAAAUUGUCAGUACGUGCAAUUGCAGGUGAGUUCUGUUGGACAACUCAGGUGCUUGCAACAGCGGGACUUCUGGAUCUUGCGUCUCACUUUGUUUUCUCCUCUCCCUCCCCAGGCUCUGGAGUGUUUCUGCCAGGCAGCAUCUGAAGUGGGCAAAGAGGAUUUCUUGGAUCGCUUGAUCCGCUCAGACGAGGGGGAGGUGGUGUCCACCCCCAGGAUGCAGUAUUACGAUAAGGUGUUGCGUCUAUUGGAUGUCGUUGGUCUGCCGGAGCUGGUCAUUCAGUUGGCCACCGCAGCCGUAACAGAAGCAGGCGACGACUGGAAAAGUCAGGCUACUUUAAGAACAUGCAUUUUCAAGCAUCAUUUGGAUUUAGGUCACAACAGCCAAGCCUACGAGGCCUUAACACAAAUUCCUGAUUCCAGCAGGCAGUUAGAUUGCUUGCGGCAGCUGGUGGUGGUGCUCUGUGAACGCUCACAGCUCCAGGACCUCGUGGAGUUUCCCUAUGUGAAUCUGCAUAAUGAGGUUGUCGGCAUAAUUGAGUCACGAGCGAGGGCUGUGGAUCUCAUGACUCAUAACUACUAUGAGCUUCUGUAUGCCUUUCACAUUUAUCGCCACAACUACAGAAAGGCUGGCACGGUGAUGUUUGAAUAUGGGAUGCGUCUCGGCAGAGAGGUUCGGACUCUCCGGGGACUGGAGAAGCAAGGCAGUUGUUACCUGGCUGCUAUUAACUGUUUACGACUCAUUCGGCCCGAGUAUGCGUGGAUAGUGCAGCCAGCAGCUGGUGCAGUGUAUGACCGCCCGGGCGCGUCCCCGAAGAGGAACCACGAUGGAGAAUGCACAGCUACCCCAACAAAUAGACGAAUUGAAAUCCUAGAGCUGGCAGAUCUGGAGAGAGAGUGUUCCUUGGCUCGCAUUCGACUCACUUUGGCUCAGCAUGACUCAUCAGCAGUUGCAGUUGCCGGCAGCUCGUCGGCGGAGGAGAUGGUUGCCCUCUUGGUGCAGGCCGGUCUCUUUGACACUGCCAUAUCCCUCUGUCAGACUUUCAAGCUUCCCUUAUCGCCAGUCUUUGAGGGGCUUGCUUUCAGAUGCAUCAAACUGCAGUUUGGAGGCGAAGCAGCACAAGCAGAAGCCUGGGCCUGGCUGGCAGCCAAUCAGCUCUCGUCCGUCAUCACGACCAAGGAGUCUAGUGCUACCGACGAAGCAUGGAGGCUAUUAUCAACUUACCUGGACAGGUACCAAGUCCAGAAUAAUUUGUAUCACCACUGUGUAAUCAACAAGCUCUUGUCCCAUGGAGUGCCUCUGCCUAACUGGCUCAUAAACAGCUACAAGAAGGUUGAUGCUGCUGAGUUGCUUCGGCUGUACUUGAACUAUGAUCUUUUAGAAGAAGCUGUGGAUUUGGUUUCAGAAUAUGUGGAUGCUGUUUUGGGAAAGGGACAUCAGUACUUUGGAAUUGAGUUUCCCCUGUCUGCGACAGCCCCGAUGGUCUGGCUCCCGUACUCCGCCAUCGAUCAGCUUCUCCAUACCCUGGGGGAGAAUAGUGCCAACAACCACAACAUCGCAUUAUCUCAGAAAGUACUCGACAAGCUGGAGGACUACCAGCAGAAGGUUGACAAGGCAACUCGAGACCUGCUAUAUCGCCGGAACUUGUGACCUCGAUGGUUAGCUAACUUUUGUAACCGCUCGGUGCCUCUGAGGACUUGAGACUUCUCUUGCAGGAGCCCCGUCCCUGCAGCUGAGUUUCCUAACCGUAAAUGGCAGGUGGGACAGCCAGCCAGGUCUGCUUUCUGCCCUGCUCAAAGUCAAGGGCUGCCAGAGGCGGAGCCCUGGGCCUGCGGGUGCUGCUCACAAACCCUCCCACGGUGUCUGGUCUUCAGCCUUGGUCUCCAACAGCUGCUUUUGUAUGUGACUCACAAGCUUUUUUAGAGUUUCUAUUUUUUUAAAGUACCGAAGAUAGUCGUUAUCGGCAAAUCACAGCCCGCCUUUACCGUCCAGGAGAGCUGGCAGUGGCUGGUGUGUGGCAGCUCUCCCCUCCAGAAGCCGUCACCGCAAAUCCUGUCAUUCUUCCCGGUCACUUUUUGUAUUUCAAUGGGACGAUUUUGGUCCAGAACUGAUAUGUAUUUUCUUUAUUGCGAACAGAGGCUAAUGAUUUUUGCGUACUCUCUUCAUUAUUUAUUGUGGAGUUUUGUAUGAUCUUCAAUAAAGAUUAAGGUGAAGCUGGAAAGGGCGACCAUCUGUUUAAAAGGGGUGUGUAAUCUCACAUCUGGUUCUUGAAACCCAAGCUGAAUGAACUCUUAGCUAAGAAAAAAAAUGGGGAAUCCAUUAUCUAUAAAAACAACAGAUUUUCUAUAUAAGUUCUGUUCAUUUCUAUAAUUUGUGACGUCAAGCUGGACUUGAUCAAACUGUCUCAUGUGUAUUGGACCGAAAUAUAAACUCUCCUGGUCAGAGUUAGAAGAAUUCAUGCCCACAAAUUUUGGGGUAACAUUGAAACUAAUAAAGUCAUCUUGCAUUUUU